AUGGCCUACUAUGACGAGCAUGGAGGUGAUGGCUCGGGCAGGUUUGCGAAGAAUUUCGACGGGCCAGUUGGGCCUCGCCGGCCAAGGCUGGUCACCGACUAUGGGUCGUCGAUGGUACAAUGGAUGCGAACGCGGCGACCUCGUUUCCGUGGUGAGCAUCGCAUGGAGGCAGAGCGUCCUAGCGCAAGCUUUACCGUCGAUAUGCUUCCACCUGUGGCGCGAACAUACUCGGCUGCCGAUACGAUCCCUGUGCGACACUUGCAUCAGUCAAUUGGAAAAUCAAAGAAGCCCAUCGUGGUCGUGCGCUGGACGCCGGAAGGCAGGCGCUUACUUACUGGUGGCCAUACGGGUGAAUUCAUGCUCUGGAAUGGAACAGCCUUCAAUUUCGAGACAGUCAUGGACGCGCAUUACGAUCAAGUGCAAGCGGGAGUGACAUCUCUUGGAUGGUCGCACAGCCACGAAUGGUUGAUUUCAGGCGGACAAAGAGGUGACAUCAAGUACUGGCGACCUAACUUCAACAACGUGGAGACCAUUGACGACGCACAUCAUGACGCUGUUCGGGACUUGGCUUGGGCACCUAGCGACACCAAAUUCCUCUCCGCCUCGGACGACACGACCCUCAAAAUCUUCGAUUUCACCUCGCGUACCUGCGACACCGUUCUCUCCGGUCACAACUGGGAUGUCAAGUCCUGUGAUUGGCAUCCUACCAAGGGCCUGCUGGUUUCAGGCUCAAAGGACCAUCAAGUGAAAUUCUGGGACCCACGAACGGCUCGGUGUUUGACCACCCUUCAUAGCCACAAAAAUACCGUUACGACGACACGCUUCUCACGAGUGAAUAGCAACUUGCUCGCUACAUCGUCCCGUGAUCAAACUGCCCGAGUCUUUGACUUGCGUAUGAUGCGAGACAUCUGCAUUUUACGCGGGCAUGAGAAGCCUAUCUCGUCCUUGACUUGGCAUCCCAUUCACAGCAAUCUUAUCUCCACCGGAGCCGAGGAUGGCUCGUUGUUCCACUACCUCCUCGACGAGCCCAAUCUACCUGCCGGACACGUCCCUACAGUGGCACCAUAUGAUAGCCCAGAUCCGGCCAACACACCUCCACAAGUCAUUUUCCCCGCACAUCGCGUACAAUAUGCCCAUGGGGCCACAAUCUGGUCAUUGGACUGGCACCCACUCGGUCACAUUCUUGCAUCUGGUUCUAAAGACAACUUUACUCGAUUCUGGUCUCGGGCUAGACCCGGCGAGACUACUUACAUGAAAGAUCGGUUCCACAUUGGUGAGGAGGCGGCCGAGGCACAAGGUACCUGGAAUCGUGGGUUUGGUCGGAGACAGAUGCGUGAAGAAGAGGAACAAGAAAUGCAAGAUGAGGCUGAUAGUCUGGUCGAUCAACGUCGGCCUGGAGCGGCGCCUUCUCUGCCCGGCAUUCAAGCUGGCAACAAUCCUCAACCUGAAGGGACCGGCUUCCUUCCAGGCAUUGGUAGUGCUCCACCGCCUGCUCCGCCUGCAGGUCUUCCUGGUAUGGGCGGGAUGGAUCCAGGUCGACUGGCUGCUAUUAUGUCCUCUCAAGCACCAGGUCACCAGCAACCGAUACCUCCGCAAGGUCAGCCCGGGCAAGGAUUUCCUAUGCUUCCGGGGAUGAGCGGCCCCCCGCCCAUGAACAUGGACUUGGCGCAGAUGCAAAAACAAUUUGCUGCGCAGGGCUUCCCUAUGCCGCCAAUGCCCCCCAACAUGAACAUGCCACCGGGUUUCCCAGGACUCCCGGGUUUGCAGGGGAGUGGCAUGCCUGACUCCGGUCGGCGGUAA